AGACAAAGAGUUCAUGUAUAUUGAAAUGUCUUCAUUUUAACCAUCACCUUUUUUGUCCUUAUUCAACCCUCUUCCUCUCUUUUUAUACCUUUCACAACUAAAUCUUUACCACUUUUUAAAGUCCCUUAACAUCAGCAAUCAAACAAGUGCUUGCCAAAAGUGAUUGCCACUACAAUUAAUGGCGAGGCUAGAGAGGGAUGGCACAAAUAAAAGCCUAGAGAGUCUAAUGGACUCUCACAAACCAGGAACCACAACAAAUGGGAACCAACUCAGGCCCCAGAAGUCCAUUCCUGGUUACGGCCUAGAAUUCACUAACCUCUCAUAUAGUAUCAUAAAGAAGCUGAAAAAGGACGGUGUUUGGAUCAACAAAGAAGCAUAUCUUCUUCAUGAUAUAUCUGGCCAGGCAGUAAAAGGUGAAAUCAUGGCAAUCAUGGGGCCUAGUGGUGCUGGAAAAUCUACCUUUCUUGAUGCCUUGGCAGGGAGAAUUGCUAAAGGGAGUCUACAAGGAUCAGUUAGAAUUGAUGGAAAGCCGGUAACUACGAGCUACAUGAAAAUGGUGUCAUCAUAUGUGAUGCAAGAUGACCAGCUCUUCCCUAUGUUGACAGUUUUUGAAACAUUUAUGUUUGCUGCAGAAGUUAGGCUUCCUCCUUCUAUUUCCAGGGACGAAAAAAAGAAGAGGGUUCAUGAGCUCCUUGAUAAACUGGGCUUACAGAGUGCUACACAUACCUAUAUUGGUGACGAGGGAAGGAGAGGAGUGUCGGGAGGUGAACGAAGAAGGGUAUCUAUCGGCAUAGAGAUCAUUCAUAAGCCAUCACUUCUUUUUCUGGACGAACCUACCUCAGGACUUGAUUCUACAAGUGCAUACAGUGUAGUGGAAAAGAUUAAAGACAUAGCUCAGGGUGGUAGCAUUGUCCUCAUGACCAUACAUCAGCCUUCAUUUAGAAUUCAAAUGCUCCUCGACAAGAUCACUGUCCUCGCAAGGGGAAGAUUGAUAUACAUGGGAAGGCCAGAUGCACUUCACACUCACCUUUCCGGAUUUGGAAGGCCUGUACCUGAUGGAGAAAACAGUAUUGAGUAUCUCCUAGAUGUUAUAACUGAAUAUGAUCAAGCAACGGUUGGACUUGACCCUCUUGUUCAAUACCAACAUGAUGGUCAUAAACCUGACCCAGCAGCCAUGACCCCAGUUCCAAAACCUCCAGGUACACCUUAUAGAAGGAACACCCCAGCAUCUAAACACAUGAUUAGCCUGCGCAGCCAAGGGUUUACUGCUGGUACACCACAGCCUGAUUCUGCACAGUUUGGUCUUGAUGAUGAGGAAGAUGAUGAUGAAAAUUUUGAUAACUCCCUUGAAAGGAGAAGUGUUAAAACAACAAGGAACAUUGUAACCAGUGGUGUUUAUCCACGUUUAGCUUCUCAGUUCUACCAAGAUUUCUCAGCCAAAGAUUUCUCCGUCUGGCUUUACAAUGGUGUAGUAGGAACCCCACGUCGCCAUCCAUCAUGGACUCCGGCAAGAACUCCAGCAUGGACACCUGGGAAAACACCCUUGUCAGGACCAAGAAGUUUUAUUUCCAACCAACAUUCUGCAUCUUAUCAGGAUCAUUAUUAUCUCCAAAAAUCUCAUUCUGCGGUUAGCCAGUCUAUGGAUUACUCUGAAACUUCAUAUGCACCUUCGUAUGAAGAGUUUGAGAUUGAGGAAGUGCUCGAUGAGCAGGACCUUGGACCUAAGUAUGCAAACCCAUGGUUGCGUGAGGUUGCAGUGCUCUCAUGGCGAACUGUACUCAAUGUAAUUCGUACUCCAGAACUCUUUGCCUCUCGUGAGAUUGUGCUGACUGUUAUGGCACUUGUCUUAUCCACCAUUUUCAAUAACCUGGGUGAUACUACUUUCAAAGACAUCAAUAGGCUCCUCAAUUUCUACAUCUUCGCGGUGUGCCUUGUUUUCUUUUCUUCUAAUGAUGCAGUCCCAUCUUUUAUCAAUGAAAGGUUCAUCUUCAUCAGGGAAACAUCCCACAAUGCUUACCGUGCUUCUUCAUAUGUAAUAUCUUCCCUCAUUGUUUACCUCCCAUUUUUUGCUGUUCAAGGCCUAACGUUUGCUGUCAUAACCAAAUUAAUGCUCCACUUGAAAAGCGAUCUCUUCAAUUUCUGGAUGAUACUAUUUUCCUCCCUCAUUACUACCAAUGCAUAUGUGAUGCUUGUUAGCGCACUUGUUCCUAGUUACAUCACAGGCUAUGCAGUAGUCAUUGCCACAACAGCACUCUUCUUUUUAACCUGUGGUUUCUUCCUCAAACGAACUCAGAUACCCUUUUACUGGAAGUGGCUCCAUUAUAUUUCUGCAAUCAAAUACCCAUUUGAGGGACUGCUGAUUAAUGAAUUCAAGAAUGAUCGGGGCUGCUAUACAGGAAACAAAGCAGAUUUAUCCCCGGGACCUUUAGGGGACGUGAAGCCUAGCAAACACCACAAUUCCAGUCUGCCCCUUAACUGCUUAUUAGGAGAAGACGUCUUGUCCACAAUGGAUAUUACAAUGGAAAGCCUAUGGUAUGACAUCUUAAUCCUGCUAGCUUGGGGUAUUCUUUACAGGUUCUUCUUCUACCUUGUUUUGCGAUUCUACUCCAAGAAUGAAAGGAAAUGAAUCAUUUACCACUCCCAAUUUCUUGGGAUAAUUUAUUACUUAAAAGGCACAGUGAUCACAUUUUUUCUUGUAUUAUUACUAUCAUAUUCAUGCCAUUACAUAAUAUUCUGUUGAGAAAGCUCACAAGUUUUUUGCUUUUCUGCCUUGCAAAAAACGACUAGCAAUUCUUACAUGUUACAGAAAGCUGGAUGCCUAGAUCGAAA